CAGACAAACCAUCUUCCACACUAUCCAGCGCCACCACCACCUCACAUCACAUCGCAUCACCGGCGAGGCCAGCUCAGCUCCGACGAGCCCGCCCGCCCGCCAUGUCCAUCUCUCUGCGCCUCGCGCUCCCCGCGGCCCGUCCCGCGCCCCCGCUGAGGCCGCGGGCCCGGAAUGCGGGCUGCACCCCCGCCUCCGCCCUGCGGACCGACGCGCUCAGGGGAUGCGCCUCGCUGCCGUUCAAGCCGCAGCCCUCGGGCCUGGCCGCGGGCGCGGUGCGGCCGUGCCGGCGCCGCGGGUCCGCCGCCGUGUGCCACGCGUCCGCCUACCUCAGCCCGCCCACCAUGCAGUGGGUCUCCGCCGCGGCCGCAGCGGUACUAUUUCUUGCUAAAGGCACAGGCAUACACAAACCAUUCCUCGUGCCAUUGUUUGCUCUGCAAGCACCUACCAGUGUAAUCUCAUGGAUCAAGAGUGAAUAUGGACUGUGGACUGCUUUUCUUGCGCUUUUGGUGCGGUUGUUCUUCUCCGUUCCAGGUGACCUGGAGCUUCCACUUUCGACAAUGCUACUUGUCAGCGUUGCACCUUACCAGGUGAUGGAUCUGAGGGGAACUCAAGGUGGCGCGAUAGUGUCUUUGGCACUCACCGCAUAUCUCGCUUUCCAGCACUUUACCAGGACAGGAGGGAUAGGAAAAGCAUUUGAUCAAGGAUCUAUAAUCGCAACUGUGGCCAUCAUCUGCAUCACGGUUGUCAACGUGAUCCUGCUGUUGCCGCUGUUCUGUGAACUGGAGCUUCCACUGUUGACGAUGCUACUUGUCAGUGUUGCUCCUUACCAGGUGAUGAACCUGAGGUAUGAAACAUUCCCGCGGUUCUUAAAGCAAGACUUGGGUUCUACUUCUACUACUGCAUCCGGGAACUCAAGGUGGCGCGAUAGUGUCUUUGGCCAUAGCUGUGUAUCUCGCGUUCCAACACUUCACCAGGACAGGAGGAAUAGGAAAAGCUUUCGAUCAGGGAUCGAUAAUCGUGACCUUGGCCAUCACCUGCAUCAUGCUUGUUUGAGCAUCUGUGCGUGCAAUAUGUCGGGGACUCCAUCUGAUGAUAUGACUGGUCAAGUGAGGCCUGAAGGAGAUGUUCCGGAUGUGAAAGUGGAAACUGCCGACCAGAAUAAAGUAAAUGAGAUGCCUUCACCACAGGAAGAGGAAGCAGUAAUCAAGAAAAAGUAUGGAGGAGUACUGCCCAAAAAGUCACCACUUAUAUCCAAGGACCAUGAGCGGGCUUACUUUGAUUCUGCUGAUUGGGCUCUGGGGAAGCAAGGAGGACAUCCUCAAAAACCAAAAGGACCGCUUGAAGCACUUAGACCAAAAUUACAGCCUACUCAACAGCAAGCCCGUUCACGCCGAUUUCUCCACGCAUCUGCUGACGGCGAAGAAGGUGCCAAUUCUCCUACUGAGGCUACGAGCCAGAACCAGGAUUCCACCGAGACUGAGGACAAGGAGGACAAGAUGAACAAAAGAAACCGAAUUGAUAGCUUUUUUCCAUUGCAAACCACAGAAUCAAGCCCUUCAACUCAAGCAAGUGAUAAUUCUCCCCGUGUUACAGUUGCACUUACGCCUGGUGAUAUUGAAUCAGAUCCUGCCCCUUCGUCCUUGGCUUCCCAACAAACCCUAACCCACCCUUGCGCCGCCACCUCCAGCUUCCCGAUCCAAUCCGCCACCGCAACCAUGGGCUUCGACGUCGGCGUCGUCCCCUUCAACCCCGACGGCUGGGGCCCUCCCGAGACCCCGGCCGCGCCGCCGCUCCUGGGCGGCGCCGUCGCCACCGCCUCCAUCCCCUUCGCGCCCUUCUCCCGCUCCGACAAGCUGGGCCGCAUCGCCGACUGGACCCGCAACCCCGGCCACCCCGGCGCGCACGCCGCCGCCUCGCGCGACUCCAUCUUCGACUUCUCCUCCGCCGACGACUCCCUCGCCGCCGCCGCCGAGGACUCCUCCUUCAGCCUCGUCGACGCCAAGCCGCCGCCGCGCCACCCGCGCUUCGGCCCCAAGUGGCGCUUCAACCAGCGCCCGCAGCUGCCCCAGCGCCGCGACGAGGAGGUCGAGGCCAAGCGCCGCGAGGCCGAGAAGGAGCGCGCCCGCCGCGAGCGCCACUACCAGAACCACCGCUCCCACCACCACCAGGGCUUCCGCGGCAACCAGGCCUCGCAGGCCAAGCCCUCGGUCGACAUCCAGCCCGACUGGACCAUGCUCGAGCAGAUCCCCUUCGCCAACUUCACCAAGCUCUCCUUCGCCGUCAACGACCAGCCCGAGGACCUCCUCGUCUGCGGCGCCGUCGAGUCCUACGACCGCACCUACGACCGCGUCAACCCCAAGACCCAGCGCCGCCUCGAGCGCUUCAAGAACCGCCACUUCUUCAAGAUCACCACCACCGACGACCCCAUCAUCCGCCGCCUCGCCGAGGAGGACAAGGCCACCGUCUUCGCCACCGACGCCAUCCUCGCCGCGCUCAUGUGCACGCCCCGCAGCAUCCUCUCCUGGGACAUUGUCGUGCAGCGCGUCGGCAACAAGCUUUUCUUCGACAAGCGUGAUGGCGCGCAGCUCGAUCUGCUCACUGUCAACGAGACUGCGCAGGAGCAGCUCCCUGAGAACAAGGACGACAUCAACUCGGCACCGUCUCUCGCUGUCGAGGCCACCUACAUCAACCAGAACUUCUCGCAGCAGGUACUGGUCCGUGACGGCGAGAAGGUUACCUUUGAUGAGCCCAACCCCUUUGCAACUGAGAAUGAGGAGGCGGCGUCUGUUUGCUACCGCUACCGCCGCUGGAAGCUGGACGACAGCAUCAGCAUCAUUGCUCGCUGUGAGGUGCAUGCUGCCAGCGUUGAUCCCAGCGGUGCUCGCCAGUUCCUGACGCUCAAUGCGCUCAAUGAGUUUGAUCCUAAGAUUACUGGUGUUGACUGGAAGCAGAAGCUCGAGAGCCAGCGUGGUGCUGUGCUUGCUACGGAGCUCAAGAACAAUGCCAACAAACUUGCUCGCUGGACAGCCCAGGCUUUGCUCUCUGGUGCUGACAUGAUGAAGCUGGGCUAUGUGUCGCGUGUGCAGCCCCGUGACCACUUCAACCAUUCCAUACUCACUGUCAUGGGGUACAAGCCAAGGGAUUUCGCUACACAGAUCAACCUCAACACGGCAAACAUGUGGGGGAUUGUCAAGUCACUCGUCGACAUAUGCAUGAAGUUUGAAGAGGGCAAGUAUGUGCUUGUCAAGGAUCCUGCAAAGCCACAGCUCAGGAUCUACCAGGUUCCUAAUGAUGCUUUUGAGAAUGAUUAUGUUGAAGAGCCACUUCCAGAGGAGGAGCAGGUUCGCCCAGCUACAGAUGAUGUUGACCUUACUGCCGAGGAGAUGGAUGCUGCUGCAGAGGCUGAGGCAAAUAAAGCUGCUACUCCUGGUGGUCAGGGUGGUGAGAAGAGUGCAGAAACUACUGUUGCUUGAAGGGUAUAAUGGGUUAUAUUGCUUUAUCUAGAUAUGUCUUUUCUGGGUAUUUUUUAUCUGUUUCGAUGAAUUAAAGAGUUGAACUGCCUGCUAUUGGUACUGUGAUCUUGUUUUGAUCUAUGAGAAAACCUGUUACUCUUAAUUCUCUUGCUUACAUGUGCUAAGUUUGUCACC